AUGACGUUACUUGCGCUGCUGCUUUGCCUGGCUCCUUUCGCAACAGGUCACCAAGGUCACGAAGACAGCGGGGGCGUGGCAGUCACUGACUUUCACGACCCAAAGGUCACACAGGAUGAGGCCCAUUUGAAGGAACAUUUGAAGGACCAGAUCAAUACUAAUCGCCAGAUGACGCCCCAGGAAAUGGAGUUUCACUACUUUAGAUUACACGACACGAACAAUGAUACUAAGUUGGACGGACUGGAGAUAUUGUCAGCACUGUCUCACAUGGUACCCAUGUCUAAAAUCAAAGACAACGAAAAAAUAGGGAAGACGGAGGAACAGCUACAGUUGAUGCAACAAGAAAGGUCCGAACAAGCCAUCAAAUACUUCACAGACAUCAUCGAUAAGGUGUUAAUACAGGACGACCACGAUAGGGACGGUUACGUGUCAUAUCCGGAGUACAUCCGAGGACGCAGACGGGAUAUGGAAAACUAUCAGCGUGAAAUGGCUAUCCAACAGAGCAACAUGCAAGCGCAACAGUUCCAACAGAUGCAACAGUGGCAGGCUUUUCAACAGUGGCAGAUGCAGCAACAACUACAGCAACAGCAACAACAACAACAGGCGAGCGGACGGAAACAACUACCAGGGGGAGCCGCACAAUCCCCACCCGGUGUACCUCCACCACCAAACGCACCCACUCCAGAACAGAUGAAACAAUUUGAAGAAUUUCAAAAAUUUCAACAACAGCCGCAAGAUGUACAAAAGUUUACUCAAACCCAGAAACAGUGA